ACGUCUUUAUACAGAAAGUUUCUUAUCUAUGAGUUGUUUAAACCUCCAAGUACUUUGCAUGAGUCUCUCCUUUAGCACGAGGAGACAAAGAAGCAGCCACUGAGCUAAUCUGUCUUCGUGCAUUGUGGCUGUGCACCCUGUCCAUGUGACGCUCUGCCUCUUAUCCUCUUACCUUGGCUCUCACAUCACUGCUCAUCCUGCAGCACUAGUCUCCGUUUCCUCGCCAAACAGAGAGGCAGCACAUCUGGAGUCAUGGUGAAGCAGAAGAGGAAGGUGGUGCUGAUCACCGGCUGCUCCUCCGGCAUCGGCCUGAGUCUGGCUGUGAUGCUGGCCAAGGAUGAGAGGAAGCGCUACCGUGUCAUAGCCACUAUGCGUGACCUGCAGCGUAAAGACAAGCUGCUAGAAGCUGCUGGGGACGCCUAUGGGAAGACGCUGUCCCUGGCUGUACUGGACGUCUGCAGCGACGAGUCGGUCAAACAGUGCAUCAGUGGCAUCAAAGACCGACACGUGGACAUCCUUAUCAAUAACGCAGGUAUCGGCAUUGUGGGUCCAGUGGAGAGCAUCACCCUGGAAGAGAUGAAGACGGUGUUUGAGACCAACGUGUUUGGAGUGAUUCGCAUGAUAAAGGAGGUGAUGCCUGACAUGAAGCAGAGGAGAGCGGGACACAUCAUCGUGAUCAGCAGCGUGCUGGGCGUGCAAAGCGUGGGCUUUCACGACGUAUACGCAGCCUCCAAGUUCGCCAUCGAGGGCUUCUGUGAGAGUUUGGCCGUGCAGCUGAAGAUGUUUAACAUCAAGCUGUCGCUGAUUGAACCAGGCCCUGUUCGCACUGACUUUGAGUUAAAGAUGAUUCAGGAGGUGAAGGAGAGGGAGUGUCCAGGAGCUGAUGCUGAAACUGUGUAUUACUUCAAGGAACUCUACCUUCCUUCUGCUAUAAACAUCUUUCCAGCAGUGGGACAAACACCUGAGGAAAUUUCUAGACGCAUCAAGAAAGUGAUGGAAACAAGCCGCCCCAGUUUCCGUAACCUGACCAACUCUUUGUACGCACCGAUCGUGGCACUGAAAUAUGCUGAUGAAACCGGAGGACUGUCUGUCAAUUUCUUCUACCACAUGCUCUUCAACCUGGGCCCUGUACUACAUUACACUGUAACAGCCAUGAAGUUCCUCAGCUUUGGAUUUCUGAAGAGUGGUACAGUUUCUCCACACUAGAAACAAUAAAUAAUAUACAUUAUGUGUAGUCAACAGAAAAAGCUAACACAAGGCUAAGGCUUUUAUUCAUUUUUGAUUUUUAAGACUAAAAAACUCAAAAGCAAGAUAUGUUUAUAUAUCCACAUGAUAUAUUUAUAUAUACAUAAUUCUCCAACUGUGACAGCUAUCAAAGUGUGCAAAAUAAUUUCCCUCUGGAAUUAAUAAUGUUUUUUGAAUCUUGAACAUACACUGAAAAAGUCUGGCCUUGAUAGAAAUACAAAGAGGUUUACCUCAACAAACAACAACAACAGCAAAAGUAAAUCCUUUUAGCUUCUAUCUGUGCUGCAGGUCCCCCCUCCUGACACAGUUGGCUGUCUAUAAAAAGCCCACUCAAAAGGUGACCCAUUCCAGGCUGGGAGGACGACUGACCGGGACACGGAGCACGAACAACAACAAAGAGCUUGAGCAGCGUUUUAUUAUGUCCUCUCUGUAAAAGCAGCUAAAAUCCAGGGUUAAUGAUGUUCUGUAAAGGUUCACACUCAACAGAAAACAGGUUUACGUGAGUUCUUAGAUGACGUAUCACUGCAGAAAUAUAGGAAAUUCUAAAACUAGCUCCACUAAACAGGACUCAGGCUCAGACUCAUGCAGCAGAGGAUGCCUCCGUUUCAUAGUUUAUGCUUUGUCAUUUGCCAUAUUUUGUGCUGCACAUACGAAUUCUGUGGUAGUGAACAGUUUUUACAGAUUAUUUUUCUGUGGAUAAAUACCACGUGAGUCCACCUUAGUUGAAUUACUACACCCUUGUUUAGGAUUGAUUCUAGCCCCCCACAGUGCCAAGAAGUAGGGUUUGCACUUUAGACUGCUUGUAGUCGGAUUUUACUUAAUCUGUACUGUAUCUGUCCCACACAGCUUGUUUGCAGCCAUUACUGAUGCAAAGAUAUGUUUAUACUUUAUACCAGUGUCUAUUUACAUGUAUAGAAUUGUGUUGUUUGUAGAACUGUAUCUGUAAAAUGAUUUAUUUUAAUUAAUCAAAUCUUAUUCUGUAUGUUUAUUAAAUGUGCAAUAAUUCAAGCAGAACAAUCGGUGAUUAAAUAAAGAAAAUUAAACAUUUUGAGUUGUGAGAUGAUGUUUACUUCUUACUCUAAGUUAUUUUAUAUAUAUUUGAGUUGUUUUUUUUUUUUACAAAUGUGUGAUUUCUUCACUGGGUGCACACACUACACUGUGAAUAUGAAUUCAGUUUUAGAAGGUUCUAAUUUUUCAGGGUGGACAAGCAUGACUCGUUUGGUCUAUACUGAAAUUUAAGAAAAAAUAUCUCUCAUUUAAAAAAAAAAAGACUUUUCCACUUGUUUAAUGUGUACGAUUAAGAUUAUUAUGUGUGAUAGGUUUAAAAAAGUGAUUACAAAUACUUUUAUUAAAGAAACAAUUACUGGGUUUAUUGUAACCAAGAUUUAAAAAAACACAAAACACAACGUACAGGAAUUAAAUAAUCUGAUACUCGUGAUAGGAAACAAAUCUGCAAACUAUGCUUUACCCUAACUUUGCUAUGCUAGCAGGCUACAUGGAUUUUAUAGGAAUGCAGUGAUAUGUUUACGUUAUGCGUUACUCAUACAUAUUGUACUGUUAUAUAGUUACGGGAGCUGCAGAACUGAAACGUUUA